GCUUGCUGUCUCAUCUUCCAUCAGCAGCCUUGCACGUCUCUCUUUUAUUACUCCUGCUGACUUUGCUGAUAUAUUCUUAGCUAUUAACAAUCAAGGAUUCCAUUUUAUACUGUUUCUUUUGUUCUUAUUCCACUGAUACCCUUCCAGUCGUUGUGAUCGUCAAGCGCCCGCCCUCCCACCGAAGUGACUUGUCGACACCAUGAAGCUGUUGACCAGCCCUCUCCUUCAGUUUAUUCUCCUUCUCGCUCCAUUUUCACCAGUUGCAGCUGCCUCGGAUGAUUCGGGAUCGCACGAUGUCCUUUCGCCCUGUGUCGCACGUUCUCCGACCACUGGAUUGUACUACGAUCUGAGCUCAUUGUCUGUAUAUCCGGUACUACCAAAGGGCGGCGAGAAAACCCAUAAACACACUCGGGAUGAGAGCUGGCAUGCUAAGGGCCAUGACUACAACGCCAACUUUACGCUGAAUAUCUGCGCACCUGUCGUUGAGGAUGUUAAGGAUGUGGUGGGGGUCGAGAGUUCGAGGUGGAAGAACGUCAGCGCAUACUAUGAGAAAGAAGGCAAGGUAUACUCGAUAGGACAACAAGCAUCAGACCCCUUCUUCCGUGGUCGCAAGCUGGUCUUGAACUACACCGACGGCUCACCCUGUGCUGGCGACUUCAUCGGUAACGGCUCACGUACUAAGUCGACAAUCAUGUCUUUCCUCUGCGAUCGUGAUGCACCUGCAGCCCAGGCCACCGCAUCUUUUGUGGGCACUAUGGAUCAGUGCACGUACUUUUUCGAAAUUCGAAGCUCUGCUGCCUGCGGUGGCAUUGCGCCUGGUCCUAACGGGGACGGACUUGGACCAGGCGGCGUGUUUGGUGUGAUUGCUUUGAUUGCUAUUGCAGUAUACUUGAUUGGUGGUUGUGUAUACCAACGAACGGUGAUGCACCAGCGGGGCUGGAGACAGUGUCCCAACUUUAGUUUAUGGGCCGGCAUGUUCGAUUUUAUCAAAGUAAGUAUACUGGCCUUGUCACCGUUCAGAUUGUUCAGGUCGAUAUCGACGCGUCGCGAUUCCUAUAAAGAGUUUGGCAAUUCCAAGUUGCCGGACAUGGCUAUCAUCCUCUUCUCCUCUCUAGGCCGUCUAUUCCGUCUCAACCGAACCCCAGGCGGUGGUUACGCCAACGUGAAUGGCUCAAGUGCUGGUGGCCAACGCGGCUCCUUCAUCGGUGCAAUCGGUGGCCAACGCCGUGGCCGCAAUGACAUGGACGCCGAGAACCGACUGAUAGACCAGUUGGAUGAAGAAUGGGAGGAUUAAAGUGGUUGAAAUCGGUAUUUUUGGUUGUGGUGUUUUUGAUAGAUGGAUUGAAUGGGAUGGGCUGGACUGGUGGAAUAAAAGGAUUAUGUAUUCUGUAUUCUGGUUUUUGCAGUGUGGUUAGCUUUGCUGGUUGUUUUAUUUCCUUUUCCUUUUUCGAUUACCUUUUUUGGCUUGUCUAUGAAGCAUCUGAAGACACGUUAUCAUGAGAUUCAUCACAUCAAUGGUGCUCCAUAAACAGCGUGGGCAUAUUCUAGUAGUAGUCCCCAAUUCAAUCUCUAACAUAAAGCAAAUACUGGCAGCUUUAUUCAACAAGCAAGCAUCAUUGGUCU